UACACUUCACAUUUUUCCAUUGGGCGAACCGUGAUCGAACACUAGGGAGACGCGAAACGAGAUCGAAGGAGACGACGACGACGAAGACGACGGAGAAGAAGAGCGAAAGCCUCGAUCGAUCUCCAUCUCCAUCUCCUCCUCCUCCUCCUCCUCCUCCUCCUCCCAAAAUUCUCCCAUGGAGUCGACGCAACCCCCGGGGUCGGAGCGCGACAAGGCGACGUUGCCCUCGCCUCUAGCCGUCCUCUGCAGCUUCUGGAAAGAUUUUGAUUUGGAAAAAGAAAGAAGUGUUCUUGAUGAACAGGGGCUAAAGAUUGCUGAAAACCAGGAAACUAGUCAGAAAAACAGGCGAAAACUUGCUGAAAGUACUCGUGAUUUCAAGAAAGCAUCUCCGGAUGAGAAGCUUGGUUUAUUUAAUUCCUUACUAAAGGGUUAUCAAGAAGAAGUUGAUAACCUUACAAAAAGAGCGAAAUUUGGGGAAAAUUCAUUUCUUAACAUCUACCAAAAGCUUUAUGAAGCUCCAGAUCCUUAUCCAGCUCUUGUGUCCACUGCUGACCAAGAGCAAAAAUUAUCUGAACUUGAGACGGAGAAUAGAAAGAUGAAACUUGAGCUUGAAGAGUAUCGGGCUGAAGCUACUCACCUAAAGAAUCAACAAGCCACGAUAAGAAGACUUGAGGAGAGAACCCGCCAACUAGAACAACAGAUGGAGGAGAAAGUGAGAGAAAUUGUUGAAAUGAAACAACGAAGCUUAGCUGAGGAAAAUCAGAAGACACUUGAGGCCCUAAAGGAGAGAGAGCGUUCAUUACAAGAGCAACUACGGCAAGCUACGGAAAGUGUGAAGAAUAUGCAAAAGCUACACGAGUCUGCGCAAAGUCAGUUGUUUGAGCUUCGUACUCAAUCAGAGGAAGAAAGAGCUGCGAAGGAAGCCGAGGUUCUCCUCCUUAUGGAUGAGGUUGAACGUGCCCAGGCCCGUCUAAAUAGUAUAGAGAGAGAAAAGGGUCAGUUGCGCUCUCAACUGCAGUCAACAACUGAAGUGGAAAGUAAGAACAGUGAUGACUUGGAAUCGAGUAGUAUACUUGAAAGUUCUCUUAAUGCAAAGGAGAAGAUUAUAUCCGAGUUGAACAUGGAACUUCGCAAUAUGGAAACUACUUUAUCAAAUGAGAGAGAGCAGCAUGUGAAUGAAAUCAAGAAGUUGAAUGCAUUACUGAAUGAGAAGGAUACUACUAUAGCGGAGAUGAGGAAAGAGCUUCAGGAAAGACCCACCGCAAAACUGGUUGACGAUCUACGUAAAAAAGUCAAAGUUUUGCAGGCUGUUGGAUACAACUCAAUAGAGGCUGAAGAUUGGGAACUAGCUACCAGCGGGGAAGAAAUGAGUAAGCUGGAGUCUCUGUUGCUUGACAAGAACAAGAAAAUGGAGCAUGAACUAACACAAUUGAAGGUUAAAAUUUCUGAGAAAACAAGUUUGUUGGAAUCAGCUGAGAAGACGAUCGCCGAGUUAACUACCAAAGUUGAUGAACAGCAAAAGUUGAUUGCAAAACUUGAGGACGACAUACUGAAGGGUUACAGUUCAGUUGAAAAGAAAGGCCUACUUCUAAAUGAUUGGGAUCUUCAAGAGAUGGGCACAAGUGAAGUUUCUGAGGGAACAGAUCAAAGGCACAUCUCUUCUGAUCAAGACCAAAGUUCAAUGCUUAAAGUAAUAUGCAACCAGCGUGAUCGUUUCCGUACACGCUUACGAGAGACAGAGGAGGAAGUGAGGCAAUUGAAGGAGAAGUUGCAGAUGCUAGCUGUUGAACUGGAAAAAACUAAAGCUGAUAAUGUGAAGCUCUAUGGCAAAAUCCGAUAUGUCCAGGACUAUAACAAUGAGAAACUUGUUUCAAGAGGGCCAAAGAAGUAUGCAGAGGAUCUUGAAAGUGGCUUCAGUUCGGAUGUUGAAUCGAAGUACAAGAAGAUGUAUGAGGACGAUAUAAAUCCAUUUGCCGCUUUCUCUAAGAAGGAAAGGGAUCAGCGAUACAAGGAGCUUGGUUUAAGAGAUAAAAUAACUCUUAGUAGUGGUCGUUUUCUUCUUGGUAACAAGUAUGCUCGGACGUUCAUUUUCUUUUAUUCCAUUGGGCUGCAUCUUCUUGUGUUCACAUGCCUCUACAGAAUGUCUGCUUUAAGCUACCAAAGCACGUCGCCCGCGCAGGACGAAGUGCUACUCGAUGCCGGGAAUCACACUCUCGCCCAUUUGCUAUAACUUGAUUAAUUGCGAGCGAAAACGAGAAGUCGCAAGCUGAGAUUUUCGUUCGGGAAGCUGUAUGUGGAUAGCAUCAGGUUUUACAUUCGGAAGAAUCACAUAUGUACUGAUCCUUAAAAAGAACAGUUUAUGUACAAAAGCGAGAACAAAAGAAUCUUACAUGUGGCUUUACAUUACACAUCAAAGUUUCGUUUCCUUUUUUUUUUUCCUUGUGGAUUUGUUGUGUACUGUAUAGUGGAGACGUUAAUACAGAGAAGUGAAACUUUGUAUUGAAGAUAUACCAAAGUAUCACCCACACGCAGAAUGGUAGAAAUAUUUCAAAAUA